CCCGGGCGUAAAGUGGUACGCCUAGUAGGAACUUCACUGUUUUAAGGAGUUAACUAUCGAACAGCCAUGAAUGCUAAGAAAUGUUCGCAAUUGAUCUGCGUAGCAGGUGCUCUCCAGUUUUGUAUCGUAGUUGGUGGAAUAACAGUUGAGAACAAAUCCCCUGCAAUCCUAUCAUGCACGACCGCUCUGCACGAUUAUCCAGAAUGGACAGGACCACCAUUUGUUAAAGGCCGGCCUACAAUCUACAACUACCAGAAAUUACCCGUGUUCAAUUCCGCCUUGGGUGAGGACAAACUCCGCCGGAUGACCUGGGCGGAUAACAAUACGGACCUUAACUUCAGCGCUGUAAUAAGGACGGAUGAAGGAAACUACUCAUGUUCCGAUGCAUUUGAGCGUGUAUCGACUGUAGAACUCAUGGUUAGGGUACCUCCAUCUCUUCCAACCAUUUACAACACGACUAUAGGGUCACAGAACGAGCUAACAGUGAGUGGUACAGAGGGCACACCGCUGACGCUAACAUGCAUUUCCGUGGGAGGGUACCCACAGCAGACGGUGAAAUGGUAUCGUGAGAGUGUCACAUCAACACCCCUGCAACCUGGUCUACCCGUGAUAGUGUACGCAGAUCUCUUCAAUAUCACGAGUUCUCAUACAUUCACACCUACAAGCUUGGAUGAUGGCUUAACAUACAUUUGUCAGUCCUCAUACAGCGGAGAGCCACAGCUCAUUAGAAGCACGAAAGUGAAAUUGUUUCUCAAACUUCAACCUUCAACACCGAAGGUAACAGUUUUGGGAACUCUGACGGAAAGCUCCAGCUCAGUAAACAUUUUACGAUGUUCGUCGUCCGGCUUCCGGCCACAGACCGUGAGUCUCAGCUGGACACUGGGUGGAGAGUCUGCAGAGCCCGUCAGCAACCCGACAGUCGAAGAGAGCACAGCAAACAACACGUUCUCCGUAUCCGACACGUACUCGCGGGCAGUUGGCAGGGCAGACAAUUGGAAGACACUUACGUGCUCAAUUAACCACGAGACUCUGCGUUUUCCGCAGACGGCUUCUGUUGGACUGAUUGUCCAGUUUCCUCCAGACACUAUUACGCUAACAGGAGAGUUUACGACCGUCGCUGAUGGCUCAAGUAAAACUUUCACAUGCGUAUCUGGUACUUCAAACCCUGAUGCCGUUAUAACAUGGCAACGUAACAAUGUCAUUGUUACCGCUGGCACGGGUACGCCAACAUAUACAAAUGGAAGUUACUACGGUCGUUUGACGACUCAAAGACUGACAAUAAAGCCAACCAGAGACGACGAUGGUGACGUGUACUCCUGCAGUGCUAGGAACAGUGCAAGCAGAACUACAGCAAACAGCCAGCAGAAAACUUUGGUUCUUACAUAUCAUCCAAUCACCAAUGCAACAUGUACAAGUUCUCCAGUCACAGAAGGUUCCCGGGUGUUCCUUUUUUGUACUGCAAGCAGCAAGCCAAGUUCCUCCUUUACAUGGGCUCUCGGUUUAACUCAAAUAGCCGACAGCCAGGGACCAGUAGCAAUUAACAAGUUUAAUUACAUGAUAACCUCCGUCAACCGGGCAGACUAUGGACGGUUCACGUGUACUGCACAAAACGGAAUAUCACCUCCUGCUUCAAGCAGCUGCAACCUUGAAGUCAAAUUUCCCGCAUUAGUCACCACGAUCACCGGAAACCCGGCAAUUGUUGCCAACGGUGUGAACACGGUGAGAUUGACCUGCACCACCGGGUCCUCUAACCCCGCCUCCAGCAUCACAUGGUACCUUGAUGGACAACAAGACACCAGUGAUAAACCUGUCCAGGAGGGUGUUGGUCAGUAUGGCGGGAAAGUCUCGUCACAGGUGCUAGUGUUUACACCUAGCAGGGACAUGGAUGGUCUCUUGAUUAAGUGUAGGGCAGGAAACGGACUGUCGGGGAGUAGUUUUGUGGAAGAUCAGGUGGCGCUUGAUCUAAAAUAUUCCCCUGUAGUUAACGUCCUAUCUAGAACGGAAACGGAAACUCUGCCUGGUCAUCUGCGAUGUCUAGUGUCCAGCAAACCACCUGCUACAAUCAAAUGGUUUCGCAUUGAUUACGGACAGACGCUUCUCCUAGAGGGGACUGGCAACAACAGCCUUGAUUACCGCAUGGGAGCUGUCAGCAGAGAUGACUCCGGGACGUAUAUGUGUACCGCCAAUAACGGGAUUGGAGGAGACAAUUCCAGUUCGAUUCAGCUAGUUGUCCAGUUUCCCGCAUUAGUCACCACGAUCACCGGAAACCCGGCAAUUGUUGCCAACGGUGUGAACACGGUGAGAUUGACCUGCACCACCGGGUCCUCUAACCCCGCCUCCAGCAUCACAUGGUACCUUGAUGGACAACAAGACACCAGUGAUAAACCUGUCCAGGAGGGUGUUGGUCAGUAUGGCGGGAAAGUCUCGUCACAGGUGCUAGUGUUUACACCUAGCAGGGACAUGGAUGGUCUCUUGAUUAAGUGUAGGGCAGGAAACGGACUGUCGGGGAGUAGUUUUGUGGAAGAUCAGGUGGCGCUUGAUCUAAAAUAUUCCCCUGUAGUUAACGUCCUAUCUAGAACGGAAACGGAAACUCUGCCUGGUCAUCUGCGAUGUCUAGUGUCCAGCAAACCACCUGCUACAAUCAAAUGGUUUCGCAUUGAUUACGGACAGACGCUUCUCCUAGAGGGGACUGGCAACAACAGCCUUGAUUACCGCAUGGGAGCUGUCAGCAGAGAUGACUCCGGGACGUAUAUGUGUACCGCCAAUAACGGGAUUGGAGGAGACAAUUCCAGUUCGAUUCAGCUAGUUGUCCAGUACAAACCCGACGUGACAAUUAUUGCGCAGAACGCCACGGAGAACACACAAUCAGAAUUACGAUGUGAACCACGUGGUAUGCCAAACUCCUACACCUACAUCUCUUGGGAACAGACUUGGCCGGGAUCAAGGACUAUUCUGAGAACUCUCCCUGGCGCUUCAGUCUUGAUAUUGAGUGACCUGAGGUACGAGCACACCGGGAUAUACACAUGCAGGGUAGACAACGGUGUGAAUUUAGCAGAAACCCCAGUGCAGGACAGGGACAGGUCUUAUUUGUCGUAAAAUCACGCCCUUUUGUAACGACCACCCAACAAACAAUUCAAAAGGCGGCGCAGCUGGGUAAAGUGACGACCAUUGCCAUUGAAUUUGUUUCCAACGCUCCUGGGACCAAAAUCAACAUUGAAAAAAGAGGGUGGG